GGAGAACAGGGAAAACAAGGAACCAACAAGUCAUUCCCAGGCCCUCCUGGUCCUAAAGGAGACCAGGGAGCAGUUGGAAAGACUGGAGCCCAGGGACCACAGGGUGCAAAAGGAGAAAAGGGACAGGAUGGAGCUGGGACAACAGGAGUGAAGUACGUUCGCUGGGGAAGGACCACAUGUCCUAGUGGUGCGCAGAUAGUUUAUAAAGGUAAGCGAAAAGGAGCUGACAUGAUAGUUACUAUUACUCCUAUGGUCCUAAAGACAGAAAGAGUGAUAACCUGUGCGAAAAGAAGCUUACAUGAUAGUUACUAUUAUGCCAUGAUUCUAAAUACAGAAAGAGUGAUAAGCUUAGGAUUUUUAUGCCACUUAUUCUGAGUCAUUUUUAAAAGUGGCAACUAUGAAAUUUCUCUAAGCUUGUUACUUUUACUGGUCAAUGACCCGGGCAUCUCUUCAAGUUAUCUUUUUGUUGCAUCUUUCCAGCAGUGUAACUGGUUCGUGCAUAAGACAGAGUGAAAUCUGGGUAUGAGAAAACGCCCCUUGUUUUUCCCAACAAUGCGCGCUCUCACGGCAUUGUUUACGUCGAGGUCACAUGAAACUGUAUCCCGCAUAAAGUUUUUUUUACAGUCUAUGUCGUCGAUCGGAUCCUUGAACAUUGAAUAAUCACCCAUGAAGCAUAAAUGAUUACCGCUUGCUGAAAUGUAUUUUCAUAAAUUUGUAGUCAAAUACGCUUUUCUUUUCAGUGAUCAAAAGAAAUAGGCAGACAAUGAGUAGAGUAUUGUAUUAAAUUUUUGCCUAAAAAUGUUACAGCCGUUUGUUGUUUGUGGUCUUAGUGUUUAAGCAAUCUGAUUAGUUUCUUAUCUUUGACAAUCCAGCAAUUUUCACCUCCUAGCGAUAAUUGCGUGAACUAGGUGUUUUUCCAAUUUUCUGUGUAAGAACUAAUCAACAGAAUCCUAGGGUUGAUGUUUUUGAAAGUAAGAAAGGAUUUCAAAUUGUUUUAAUUGCGUUUUCCGAUUUACUUUGGCAUAAUGUUUUUCGCUUGCAAUAACAGCUCACUAGAGUAAAUGAGGCCAUUUUGUUAACUCAGCAUUUCCUAACAAGAGGAAUUCAGUUGCCUAGAAAUCAAAGUUAAUUUUUGACAAAAGAAAAUGAAAGCAAAUGCUUGCGAAAAUUCUUCAUUUCAAAUAACCAGGACAGAGAAAAGACGCCUUGCCUAGGCCUCCCUCAACCGCUAGCCGCCAUUUAAUGCACUUGCGAAGAGCGGAAAGGAAAGUUUGGCUAGUUGACAGAAUUUCCAAGAAUAAUUGUUAAUAAAUUUUUUUCCUUGUAUCAGGUAUAAUGGGUGGAGAACUUUACAAUCACCAUGGUGGUGGAGCGAACUACCUCUGCCUUCCACACAAUCCAAAGUAUGACAAGUACAAAGAUGGCCAUCAGAUGGCUGGAUACGUGUACGGCACUGAAUAUGAAGUGCAUCAGUACAGCGGUAACCCUUUUAAGAGAAAUCUCCACGAUCAUGAAGCAACAUGUGUUGUCUGCUUCGUCAAGUCACGUGGCUCGAUGCUGAUGAUGCCUGCCAGGAAUGAUUGUCCAUCUGGAUGGACCGAGGAGUAUCAUGGGUACCUGAUGACAGAAAAUCAUGGACACAAGCAUUCAAGUGAUUUCAUCUGUGUUGACGAGGAUCCGGAGUAUGUUCCUGGUAGCAAUGCCAACAAGGAUGGUGCUUUGCUGUACCCUGUGGAAGGUGUUUGUGGCUCACUCCCAUGUCUUCCUUAUGUCAGCGGUCGAGAGUUGACAUGCGCUGUGUGCACCAAGUGA